GCGCCCAGCGGCGCCGCGCGGGCUGCGCCACCUCGCCCCAAGCCGAGCCGCCGGGGCCGGGGCCGGGGCCGCGGGUAACUCACGGGUGGCGGGGCCGCGGGUAACUCACGGGUGGCAAAGCCGCCGCCGCUCCCGGUUGCCGCGGUGCUGCGCGCGCACGCGCCCGGCCCCGCCCCGCCCUGAGCUGAGCCAAUCGGGGGCGGGCGGGCGCGCGCGGGGCCCGCCGGGAGGCGCGUGUCGGGAUGCGGGCGGCGCUGCGGCGGGUUGGUGCCGGGUCGUGGCCGGCGCGCGCCCUACAGCACGCCCCGCGGCCGCGCUGCGGCGGGACCGGCCCGGCCCCGGCCCAGCGGUGCUGGAGCUGCGGCAGCGCCCUCCCCGGCGCCGAGGGGCCGCCGCGCUUCUGCCCCGGGUGCCGCGCCCUGCAGCCGCCGGGACCGCGGCCCGACCUCUUCCGCCUGAUGGCUUGUGAGCGCUCCUUCCGCGUCGACGCGCAGCAGCUGCAGCGGCGGUUCCGGAGCCUGCAGCGUGCCGUUCACCCCGAUCGCUUCGGCCAGAGGCCGCCGGAAGAACAGUACUACUCUGAGCAACACUCAUCCUUGAUUAACAAGGCGUAUCAAACCCUCCUGAACCCUCUGAGCCGCGGCAUCUAUCUGCUGGAGCUGCACGGAAUGGAGCCAGCACAGGAGACAGACUGUGAUGCAGACUCCAUGUUUCUCGUGGAAAUCAUGGAAAUUAAUGAGAAAUUAGCAGAGUCUAAAAGUGAUGAUAUCCUUGAAGAAAUUGACACUUUGAUUAAAGUUAAACAAGAGGAACUGACCAGAGAGGUGGCUGCAGCUUUUGAAAGAGAUGACCUUCAGGAAGCAAAGAAGCUUUUAGCCAAAAUGAAGUAUUUUGCAAACUUAGAGGAUAAACUAAAGAACAAGAAGAUCCCUUCCUGAUACUGCCUCCUUUACUGUUGUUUUCAAUUAAACAGCUGAUUUAGUUACCAAGUGAGAAAAA